AUGGCCAUCAUGAAAGCAGCCCACCCAGCGCUAUUCGCAACCAUUGUGUUCUUCAGCUUGAUCGAGAUCGGUAUCUCUGGUGCGCUGGUAGGCGACUACAACAGGGAUGGUGGCAAGACCUCUCUCAAGACAGCGACUCGAUUCCUCCUGUUCGCCUCACUCUGGACAUUCAUCUUUGGGAUCUUCUACAUCUUUGGAUUCCUGAGAAUGGCCGGCAACGUCCUCUUCUCCAUCGCAUCUCACGGUAUCUGGGUCUUUGUGACGUUCAUCUUCUGGCUAGCGGGAGCUGCCGCGCUCGCUCAGCAACUCCGAACGAACCCCAACUUCCCUCACGAGACGACACUGCGCGCCUGUGAAGCGUUUGCAUGGAUGAAUGCGAUCAUUCUCGCCGGACUGCUCGUACUGAUCGGUCUGUCGGGCAUGAAGAGCUCCCGUGACGGCAACGGCUUUGGCGGCAGUCUGGCGGAGAGAUAUUCGUCAUGGCGAGAGCGACCAGAACUGCAGCAAGUCCAUGUCAAACCCCCCAAUACCCCUGGCCUUGUUCUGUCGUUCGAUCGUUCGCCCUGGCAAACUGCCGAUACCCCCAAUUUACCCCUUGUCAAAAACAGACCCGCACGCUCUCACCCACACACCCACAUUAGGACUCGUCCUUUUCUUUACUAA